GCAGUCUUGGAUCUGAUCGGUCUUAUUGUAUGCAGCAGCCUCCUGGAAGUUGAAACCCUAACUAGUUGACACCUCUCAGUUCUCAUCCCUGCCUGUGUGUUAGGAGAGAAAGACAGAGAGACUAUUAUUCCUAGGCUUAUAUAUGGGAGGGGUAUUUAGUUCUGGAAGUAAGAAAACACCAGAGGAAUUACAAAUGACUUUAGCAAAAGCAAAAGAAAUUGUUUCUUCAACUCCAGUGGUUGUCUUCAGCAAGACAUACUGUGGGUUUUGCACUAGUGUUAAGAAGUUGUUGACACAGCUCGGAGCAGCUUUUAAGGUCAUCGAAUUGAACCAGGAGAGUGAUGGGGAUGAUAUCCAAGCGGCACUACUGGAGUGGACUGGACAAAGGACUGUUCCUAAUGUAUUCAUCGGAGGAAAACAUGUCGGCGGCUGCGACAGUGUUACUGGUCUGCAUCAGAAAGGUAAACUGGUGAAUAUGCUCACUGAAGCUGGGGCUAUCGGAAACAACUCUUCCCAGCUGUAAUCAAUAACUAAUGCUGGCAGUCAGCAGAGGAUGCUGUAUAUCAGAACAACAAGAAGUUUAAUGGAUGUGUGUUUUCUCUAGUGUGGUGUUUAUACUUAUGGUUACUAAAUAAAAGAAAUUCUGAGUUUCUUUCUCUUCAUAAGACGGUUUCUAGUUCAUUUUGUGAUUAUCACCCAACCUUCUUGUUAAUGAAGGAAAUGAAACAAACAAACAUGUUGGAAUCACUCAUAGGUAUGAAAGAGUAGAUGUAUUUUACUUAUUUGAUAAAGAAUGGAGUACAAUCGAAAUAUUAUUAUUUCUUCCUCUACAUUUAUGAAACAAAAAUCAAAUGUAAAAGAGAAUGAUGAAAAAAAUAAAGAAUUGUGUCCCAAA